AUGCCAUCCGACCCCCAGCGACCGCCGCCCAGCGAGCUCCAAGACGCGCACGCAGUCGCGACGACCUCUCGUGGCAAAAGUUCCUCGUCAGAGCCACGCAAAGAAUCAAGGCCAGCCGCUACAGCUCUUGAUCAUCCCUUCAAGGGACUGAGAGAGAGUCUACCCGAUCUAGUCGAUCAACCGCCCGAGAUAGGACGCGGUACUAGCUCCACCACCACAGCCUGGGACAGCGACUACGAAGAUGAUGCCAUGAUGGGCCGGAACGACAUUGCUACGAUGGUCAAUCGCAUUUUGUCUUUGGUGGAAAUUCCGAACCGACAACGGCAUCACAGAAAUGAACUCGUCGGUCUGUGGUCCAGUCUCCAGGAACAUCAGUGGAACGCAGUCUCGGAUCAAGAUGUCGAUACCCGAUACUCGGCCUGGCCUGAGUACCUAUCCUUCAUCUUCGGUAGCCAAAUCAACGUGGUACUGAAAGCUGUCUACGGCUCUUACUACAGCAACAUGGUGAAGAGGGACUGGAAGGCGCUCGUCCGGUUCGGCCGUGCCACUGAACUGCUUGGCCUUCCAAGGCACCAGGUCAUUCUUCGACUAGGACCAGACGUCGCUACAUCCGCCAACGCGUUGAAGGUCAUCUGCAAGCUCCUCGAAAACCCUCGCAGAGCCACAUUCACACCUGACGUGGUGAUGACCGCCCUCACGGCGGCCAUGGUCAAGCGUUGCGCGAAGCUACCCAUCAGCCAGGUCCCCAAGUUGACGUGUGACGACGUCUUUAUGGCAGCAAAAGAGCUCCGACGCGGCCACAAGCUUGCCAUCAUCCAGGCCAAUUCUGCACAAGGGCACGAAGCCGACAUGAGCCUACCAGACAUGGCUCGACUGACGCUGUGCGACGUCCCUGACAGCCCACUUCCCGACAAGUCUCGCCUUACCUCGACAGACAAGAAGAACAUCAGCCUACCUGAUAUCGGCAGCCUCACGCUCAACGGCUGA